UAAAAUUUGGUAUGAGUAAACUAGACGUAAUGAAGAAGAUGCAUGAAAAAAUUUCAUCAAAAAAUUCCACCGGAAACCGCCCCAAAUGACGACGGUUGGACAUAACCUCCUAUAAAAGGACUUAUUUGCACUUUUUGUGAAAGUUCGAGUGCUUAUUUGAUAGUUCUUCCAAUAUACUAUAAUGGCAUUAUAAAUGCAAGUAUUGACAAUAUUUAUCAUUUAAAGACAAUAAUAAUUACUCAUGAUUUGGAGAAACAUAUUAUUUUUUUACUCAUAUUUAUAUUUUCUUAAGAUUUAUUUUUGCGAAUUAUACACAACUUAAAUUUAAUUUACACACAUAAAUAUAUACUCCGUAAUACACAAUGAAAGCAGAAGAAUAUAUUCUAAUUACUAAUUAAAUAUACACAUAUUCCUAUACAUUAUUUUUUAAAAUGUGAGGGGGCCAGGCCCAAGGUGGAAGGGUGGGUCCGCCACUAUUUAUAACUCAAUGGUUAUUCACACAAAUGGGUGGUUACUGAUUAUUGAAACUACUUAUAUGAAUGUGCUUACUCCUCACUAAUUUGAAAAAUAUAAAAAGAAAUUGCCCUAAAUAGGAUUAAAUGAGGUUUGAAAUUCCAAAAUAGGACUACUAUGUUUUUUCUUCCCGAAAUAGGAGUUAUUACUGUUAUGUAUGAAAAAUACUGUCAUUAAUUAUAAUAAAUACUGUCAUUUUAAAUGCAUUGUAUUGCAACUAUUUGGCAGUCACGCCUACAAGAUGACAGUAAAUAUUGUCAUGUAUGUUAGUCCUGUUUCAGGAAUAAAAACAUAAUAGUCUUAUUUUGGAAUUUCAAACUUCAUUUACUCAUAUUUUGGGAAAUUUCCCAAAUAUAAAUAGUCAAGUAGUCUUUGGUUAAUUGUGGCUUCAUGGUCAACUUUUAGAGUCCUACAAAAACCAUCAUAUUUAAAAUUGUUGACCAUAUUCAAUUCAACACCUAAUGUUCGUGAGACUGGGUACGCAAAUAGCCAAAUACCGUAAAACUACAACUUAGGCUAUUUAUGUUUGUAUGGCCAUAUUCAGCUUCAUCAAUUGAGAUCUGAACCAUUUACACAAUUUCUCCAUGAAGAGUUAAAACUGAAUAAAAUUGAAGAGUAAUAUUUAUCGCACAUAAAAUUUGCACACAAAUUUUACGCAAUCUGUGUACACAACAACGAAAAACAAUUACGAGAAAGUAUUAUUUGCGUCAAACUUUUUGUGCCGACUAAAGUGAUCGCAAAUAACUACUCUUUUGCGUCGACAAGUGUACGCAAAUGACAUUAAUUAAAAUCACCCUCAUGCCUUGUACAAUUCCAUUGUUUGUGUCGCCUUAUCGAUAUACGCAUAACGAAAGAAGCUGAAGCUCCAAGUGUGCGAAGAAGAAAAAUAGAAGCCGAAGAAGCUGAAGCGCUCAAGCGGCUAGCACGAACCCUUCUUCAGUCGUCCACAUCGUCGUCCAGCCUCCAGGGCCCUGCAUCGGCGGCGGGCGGCUGUUCUGCCGUUUUGCCGCUAUGUGCUCUCCAGCGCGAACCCUCCUGCGGUCCUGCGCCUCCAGCUCUUGCUCUCCUUUAGGUAACUUUUAUUAAUUAUUCCUUUUAUAGAUUUUUAAUGUAUUAUAAUUAUAGUGUGUUAUUGUUAAUUUAUUGUAUUAUUACUUUUAGAGUUUUAGCCUUUUAGGGUUAGAGUUCCACAACCUGCUAUGAGCUCCACCUACACAUCACAGAUAGAUUGAUCAAGCGUCCAGUCCUGAUAUAGAAUUGCUUUGAUAGAUACAUUUUUUGUUUUCCACCGAUCGAAUUAUUUCACUAAUUGAACGUGUACAGUUUAAGAUCUUUUCCUAGGUCUCUAAACAAUUUUGUGUACUGAAAGGAAGUAAGUUGUAUCCAAUGUGUUCGUCAGAAUGUCUAAAAGGGGACUGCUCACUACUGCAUUUUAGAAGUUUGAACAACUAACUGCCCAUAUCACACACAAAAAAAUAUAGGGAAUAUUAAAUAACACAUGUAAAUAAUAAUUGACUGAAAUUCUAAAUCACUGCACAACAUGAUUCUACCCAAAACACAUAAGCAACUUCCUAAUUUCAAAACCAUAGCAAUGGUGAGUUUACUUAUAUUUUCAGAAGAUUAGGCAUUUUUAGAUGAUAUUCUGAAAUGGAGAAUAUUGGAGGAACAAAAAUGUUAAUACUCCCUUUUUCCAGUUAUCGGCCUUCCCUACACUAAACUGUUGUUUAGUAUAAAGCAUAUAAGUAAUGCAGAUAUAUUAACCAAAACAUUUUAUAUUUUACCUAGAAAAUACCCUAAUUUAUUGGAGGGAGUACUUGUUAACUUUAAUAUUCUCUUUCAUAAGAAAGAGAAGUAUAAACUAUAGGUAAAAAGUACAUAAUGUGCAUAGAUAUUGUAAAAGGAGGGGAGUAAGAAAAAAGAAUAUAUCUAGUUAAUCAAGACAUGUGCUUCUGACCCUGGACAGUUUUAUAGAAUUUAUUCAUUUAAAACGCAUAGAUUAUAUUUACUAGUAGAAUCCUUAUUGUUGUGGUAGUGAUUAUUGAUCGACCAGAUGUUAAAAUUUCAAGCUACUAAUUUUAAGUUAAUGUCAGUUAUUGAUCAUUCAUGUUAUUUUGGAUAUUGACAAUUAUAAUGAAUAUUAAAAAGGAUGAUCCAGAAACUGGUGAGCAGUACUCGGCUCUUGAAAAUUGGAAAGAUCAACGUUUGACUCGUAGUGGCGAAUGGAGAACUAAAGAAGCACAUGAAAAAUAUACUCAAAUGAGCAAGGAGUACCAGACACAUCUAGGACAAACAGGGUCAUGGUCUUCAAUAAAUGAAAUUGAUAUUAUGAACCAGAACAUGAAAAGACACCGCGGAUGCCAAAGUGGAGUGGGUCCUACCCUAUCAAAGGGUGCAUCUCGACGAAUGGAAGAUGACACUACUUCAACGUUCCAAGACCACCGUGAUGUUCAAAUAAGUGAAUUGAAAGCAAAUCAAGAGCUCAUGCUCCGUGCCCUACAACAAUCUAUUCCUGGCUUUCAACUUCCUCCACGCAGCUUCGCAAAUGAUGUUCAUUCAACAUCAAGUGCUAACCAAACAGAUCAGAGUCUCAAUGAAGACAAUCAAGAUUGAUAAUAUCGAGUUGAAUAUGCAUUUUACUUGGUUAAGA